GAAGGAGAAUUUAAGCUCUGGAAUAAAGAACCUGGAAGACUUUUUGAAAUCUUGUAAAAGUAAUUCAGUGAAAUAUCGAGGUGAAAUGGUAGGGUUAACCUCCUGCUUAAAAGCGUGGAAAGAAUAUUGCCGAAGUGAAGGUGAAACCCCCAAAGAUUUAAGUAUAGCUGUUCAAAUGAUGAAAAGGAUCCACUCUUUGGUAGAAAAAUACUCAGAACUUUUGCAAGAAACAGAUCGAAAACUCAUAGCCAGAUGCCUUAAGUAUUUAGGAUUUGACGAGUUGGCAAGUUCUUUCUAUUCAACUCAGGACACAAGAGAUGACAUAAAGAAGAAAAAGAAUAAAUAUUCAAUUGGCAUUGGGCCAGCUCGAUUUCAACUACAAUACAUGGGCCAUUAUUUGAUACGAGAAGAGAGAAAAGAUCCAGACUCCAGGGUCCAGGAUUUUAUUCCCGACACAUGGCAGCGAGAGCUUCUCGACGUUGUGGAUAAUUAUGAGUCAGCAGUAAUUGUUGCCCCAACAUCCUCGGGCAAAACCUAUGCUUCCUAUUACUGCAUGGAGAAAGUGCUGAAGGAGAGCGAUGAAGGGGUGGUUGUGUAUGUUGCUCCAACAAAGGCCCUUGUCAAUCAAGUCGCAGCAACUGUUCAGCAUCGUUAUACCAAAAACCUGCCAAGUGGGCUAGCUCUAUGUGGCGUUUUCACGAGGGAUUAUCGUCAUGAUGCCCUAAACUGCCAGGUACUUAUUACAGUGCCUGCCUGCUUUGAAAUCCUGCUACUUGCUCCUCACCGCCAAAAGUGGGUGAAAAAGAUCAGAUACGUUAUAUUUGAUGAGGUUCAUUGUCUUGGAGGAGAAAUUGGAGCAGAAGUUUGGGAGCAUCUGCUUGUCAUGAUCCGAUGUCCCUUUUUGGCUCUUUCAGCUACCAUAAGUAACCCAGAACAUCUCACUGAGUGGCUAAAAUCAGUGAAACAGUACUGGAAACAAGAGGACAGUAGAAUUGCAAAAAGUAUUGCUUCCAAAAGAAAGGAUGGCUGCUGUGCCAAUUCCUCCAAGGACAGUGUGACAACAAAACAGUCAUAUAAAGUGAGACUUGUGCUCUAUGGAGAGCGGUACAAUGAUUUGGAGAAGCACGUGUGUUCAGUGAAACACGAUGACAUUUGUUUUGAUCAUUUCCACCCUUGCGCUGCCUUAACCACAGAUCACAUUGAGAGGUAUGGAUUCCCUUCUGAUCUUACACUUUCACCCCGAGAAAGCAUCCAGCUUUAUGAUGCCAUGUUUCAAGUGUGGGAAAGCUGGCCUCGGGCCCAGGAACUGUGUCCAGAGAACUCCAUUCAUCUUAAAAAUAAAAUAGUCAUCAAAAAGUUGGAUGCUAGAAAAUAUGAAGAGAGUUUAAAGGAAGAAUUAAGAAAUUGGAUCAAAAAUGGCAAUGAAGAGGAGGUCAAAAAUGUACUGGAGAAUCUUAGUCCUGAUUUAGGUUUUAGUCCAGAAAACAUGUUAUAUAUAUUUCCACUUCUGGUUGAAAAGCUACAGAAAAUGGGGAAGUUACCUGCAAUCUUUUUUUUAUUUAAAUUAAGAUCUGUAGAAAACAGUGCUAGAAGUGCAUGUCAUUUUCUGGAGGAAAAACAGGAGGAAAAAAGGCCUCCCAAAGCUGAUAAAGAAGCUCAGAUCAUGGCUAACAAACUUCGAAAAGUUAAAAAAUCCAUAGAGAAACAAAAGAUAAUAGAUGAAAAAAGCCAGAAAAAAACCAGAAAAAUGGAUCAAAGCCUGAUCCAUGAAGCUGAACAUGAUAAUCUACUGAAGUGUCUAGAGAAGAACCUGAAAAUUCCUCAGGACUGCACAUAUGCUGAUCAGAAAGCCAUAGAUGCUGAUUCUUUGCAGAUGGUGUUUGAUCGAGUAAAAUUCCAAAGAAAAGGUGCAGAACUGAAAGAUUUGGCAGUCAGGGGCAUUGGAUAUCAUCACAGUUCUAUGACUGCCAAAGAAAAACAGUUGGUCGAAAUUCUCUUCAGGAAAGGAUUUAUUAGGAUGUCAGGCCGUGCUGGAAGAAGAGGUCAAGACUUAAUGGGAGAUGUAUAUUUCUUUGAUAUUCCAUUGCCCAAAGUAAAAAAACUCAUAAAAUCUAAGGUUCCUGAGCUGAGAGGACAGUUCCCUCUCAACAUUAGCCUGAUCCUGAGACUCAUGCUGCUGGCUUCCAGGGGAGAUGACCCAGAGGAUGCCAAGUCAAAGGUACUGUCAGUGCUAAAGCACUCAUUGCUGUCAUUCAAACAACCCAGAGCUCUGGAGAUGUUAAAACUCUACUUCUUAUUUUCCUUGCAGUUCCUGGUGAAAGAGGGUUAUUUAGAUCAGGAAGGUAAUCCCAUGGGGUUUGCUGGACUUGUAUCACAUUUGCAUUAUCAUGAACCUUCUAAUCUUGUUUUCGUCAAUUUUCUUGUAAGAGGCCUUUUUCAUAAUCUCUGUCGGCCAACGAGGGAAGGCUCCAAACACUUUUCUCAAGAUGUUAUGGAAAAGCUGGUGUUAGUGCUGGCACAUCUCUUUGGAAGAAGAUAUCUUCCAGCAAGGUACCAAGAUGCUAAAUGCAAAUUUUAUCAAUCAAAGGUGUUCCUUGAUGAUCUUCCUGAGGAUUUCAGUGCUGCUUUACAUGAGUAUAACAUGGGAAUUGCAAAGGACUUUGCCUCUUUUCUACUAAUUGUUUCUAAACUGGCUGAUAUGAAACAGGAACAUCAACUCCCAUUGUCAAAAAUCAAAUUCACAGGUAAAGAAUGUGAAGACUCACAACUUGUGUCUCAUUUGAUGGGCUGCAAGGAGGGAAGAGUAGCCAUUUCACCAUUUGUUUGUCUCUCUGGGAACUCUGAUGAUGAUUUGCUUCAACCAGGAACUCCAAACCAUGUCACUCUGCGCACAAUUAGUAUCAACCACACUCAAGCUCCAGUGCUGUGGCCACAGAAAUUUGAUAGCCAAGGAAGAGGAAUGCCACUCAAUGCUUAUGCACUUGAUUUCUACAAACAUGGUUCUUUGAAAGGAUUAUCUCAGGACAACGGGAUGAAUGAAGGAGAUGCUUAUCAGUUGUUGAAAGAUUUUUUACUCACCAUUCAAUCUAUCAGUGUUUCCUUACGUGAACUAUGUGAAAAUGAAGAUGACAAUGUUGUCUUAGCAUUUGAACAACUGAGUCAAAACUUUCGUGAAAAAUUUGAAAAUGUUUAAAACCAAAAAUCUCUGUAAACCACUGAAGACAUGCCAUAGGAAUUUUAUGAGUAAUAUUUUUUAUUUUCAUGUUUUUUUUGAAUGAGUACAUGUAUGAUGAAGUGGAGUAAACAAGCACGUCGGAGUCAAGCAAAAUUGUAGUAACAUCUCCCGUGUUCUAUCAAGAGUACCCUUGGACUAUUUAGUGCCGUGUAUGUGAAUCCCAGCCUCUUACAUCUAAAGUUGUUUAAAGAUUGACCUAGGAAGUGCAAGAAUUUUGUUUGUGACAGAAGGACACUUUCUACUUGGUGAAGCAAAUGUUGCAUUCUUAGUAUUUUCUUUCUGAUUAUCAAGAUUUGUAAAUAGUUUAUUAAGUCUAGAAAAAAAUAUAACAUCUUAAAGGUGAAUUAUAUCCUCUCCAAUGAACAUGAGAGUAUAUGACUCAGAAAUAUGAUUAUUGAAAUAGGGACUUCUAAUAAACUUAAAUUAUUUUCUUUUUUAAAAAAGUGUUUUCUCUUAUUUACUUAUUUACAUUCUUUCACUGUACAUUUUUACAACAUACAAUAUGGAUUUUCCCAGCAUAAAUACACUGUAUAUUAGUUCAGUCCAAGAUUUUACCACUGACAUUGCCAUUGUUAGAUCAUUUUCUGCUUAUAUUAAUUUUUGAAAAUAUAAAUGAGUGGGACCGGCAGUUGGCAUAAUGGCU